AGCCCCGGCAGCCGCGCCUGCCCCGGCCCCGGCCUCAACCCCGGCUCUGGGCCGACGCACCCCGCCCAGAUUAGAAACAAAAACAAUAGAGGAAAAUCACCCCCCUGGAUCUUAGACUUGGCCUUUUGCAAGCAAACAGAAGAGGAGCUGUCAGGCUUUGCAUGUCAUGUAGCCACUCGGCUGUUUGACAGCUUCUGGGUUUCAACCCCAUUGGGAUUGAGGCAGCUCAGGAAACCAUGAGCGAUGAGUCCUGUCGUCUGCUGACGCUGCUCUAACACCAUGGCAGACAGUCCAUGAUCUGACAAGAGGAUCCAUCCUAGGGAGGCAGCUCUGGGUUUGGUAAUUGGCUUCCUGGGAAACUACAGCUGGCAGAGAGGAUGUAAAAGGAGGCACAAACACACUGGGAUAUUGCUACAGUCUUGCUGAGCUGGUGGAUCUGCUUGGAGGAGGUUUUGCCUCUGAUUUUGGGUUUUCUCCCAGUUUGGUAAUGUUGGCUUUGAGGAAAAAUUCUGCUGACUCACCCACCCCUGGACACCUUUUGGGAAGCCUGGCUGGCCAGUGAAGAGACACAACAGAACCUUUUGCGUCACUGCAGGUCUGCUCUGGUAGCCUCCAACCCCAUCCUGCACCUAACACCAUCCUGUGGGGAACCUGCAGCCCCCCACCCUGGGGAGUCCCCCACAGUGAGCCCCAAGCCCAGGGCGGGGGUGAGUGUGUCUGAACCUCCCAGUGUGGCCGGCACCCGGCAAGAUUUUACCCUGUCUGCCGCCGGGGCCCCAGCGCCGCCCCCCGCCGGCCCUGCCGCCCCGCUCGCCCGCUCCAGGCCGCGCAGGAUGGGGGCGGUGCUGGUGCGGCGCGGGGGGUGCUUACUGCUCUGGUUGGCCCUGCUGCUGGGCUGCUGGGCUGAGCUGGGCAGUGGGCUGGAGUUCCCAGGGGCAGAGGGCCAGUGGACCCGCUUCCCCAAGUGGAAUGCUUGCUGUGAGAGUGAGAUGAGCUUCAACAUGAAGACUCGCAGCUCCAGCGGGCUGGUGCUCUACUUUGACGACGAGGGCUUUUGCGACUUCCUGGAGCUCAUCCUCACCCAGGGUGGGCGACUGCAACUCAGCUUCUCCAUCUUCUGUGCCGAGCCCGCCACCCUGCUCUCUGACACGGCGGUCAAUGACAACCUCUGGCACGCCAUUGUCAUCCGUCGCCACUUCAAGAACACAACGCUGAUCAUUGACCGGGCAGAGGCCAAGUGGGUGGAGGUGAAAUCCAAGCGGAGGGACAUGACUGUUUUCAGUGGCCUCUUCUUAGGGGGGCUCCCGCCAGAGCUGCGAUCAGCAACGCUAAAACUGACGCUCUCCUCCGUCAAAGACCGGGAGCCCUUCAAGGGCUGGAUAACAGAUGUCCGGGUCAACUACACGCAGGCAUCACCGGUGGAGAGCCAGGAGGUGCGGCUGGACGAUGAGCAGAGCCGCCUGUGUGCCAGGGAGGAUGUCUGCCUCAACGGGGGUGUCUGCUCAGUGCUCAAUGACCAGGCUGUCUGCGACUGCUCCCAAACGGGCUUUCGGGGAAAGGACUGCAGCGAAGGUCUGGCGCACCUGAUGAUGGGCGACCAAGGAAAAGAAGAGUAUAUUGCGACAUUCAAAGGAUCAGAAUACUUCUGCUAUGAUUUAUCUCAGAAUCCAAUACAAAGUAGCAGUGAUGAAAUAACUCUGUCAUUUAAAACACUUCAGAGGAAUGGACUGAUGCUUCAUACAGGAAAAUCGGCUGAUUAUGUCAAUCUUGCACUGAAAAAUGGAGCUGUCUCCUUGGUCAUUAAUUUGGGCUCGGGGGCCUUUGAAGCACUGGUGGAACCUGUGAAUGGGAAAUUUAAUGACAAUGCCUGGCAUGAUGUGAAAGUAACCAGGAAUCUGCGUCAGCACUCAGGCAUUGGACACGCUAUGGUAAACAAACUACAUUGUUCGGUGACAAUAUCAGUGGAUGGAAUUCUGACCACAACGGGAUACACGCAAGAAGACUACACCAUGCUGGGCUCGGAUGACUUUUUCUAUGUUGGAGGCAGUCCUAGCACAGCAGACCUUCCAGGGUCACCAGUCAGUAACAACUUUAUGGGCUGUCUCAAAGAGGUUGUAUAUAAAAAUAAUGAUGUCAGGUUGGAGUUAUCUCGACUUGCCAAGCAAGGAGAUCCUAAAAUGAAGAUUCAUGGGGUUGUAGCAUUUAAAUGUGAGAAUGUUGCAACCCUAGAUCCAAUCACAUUUGAAACACCGGAGUCUUUCAUCUCUUUGCCAAAGUGGAAUGCCAAGAAAACAGGCUCAAUAUCAUUUGAUUUUCGUACAACUGAGCCAAAUGGCUUGAUUCUUUUCAGUCAUGGAAAACCCAGACACCAAAAAGAUGCCAAACACCCACCGAUGGUGAAGGUGGACUUUUUUGCCAUUGAGAUGCUUGAUGGCCACCUCUACCUGCUGUUAGACAUGGGAUCAGGUACUAUAAAAAUAAAGGCCUUGCAGAAGAAGGUGAAUGAUGGUGAAUGGUACCAUGUGGAUUUCCAACGGGAUGGACGGUCAGGCACCAUAUCUGUGAACACAUUGCGUACACCAUAUACUGCACCAGGGGAAAGUGAAAUCCUUGACUUGGAUGAUGACUUAUAUCUUGGAGGUUUACCAGAAAAUAAAGCAGGCCUCGUCUUCCCAACAGAAGUGUGGACAGCACUUCUCAAUUAUGGAUACGUCGGCUGCAUUAGGGAUUUAUUUAUUGAUGGUCAAAGCAAAGAUAUUCGACAGAUGGCUGAAAUUCAAAGCACAGCUGGAGUAAAACCCUCAUGCUCAAGGGAAACUGCAAAACCUUGCCUUAGCAACCCCUGUAAAAACAAUGGUGUAUGCAGGGAUGGGUGGAACAGAUAUGUUUGUGAUUGCUCUGGUACAGGGUACCUUGGCAGAUCUUGUGAAAGAGAGGCAACAAUUUUAAGCUAUGAUGGAAGUAUGUUUAUGAAAAUACAACUCCCUGUUGUGAUGCAUACAGAGGCUGAAGAUGUUUCUUUACGGUUCAGGUCUCAGCGAGCUUAUGGCAUUUUAAUGGCAACAACUUCUAGGGAAUCUGCUGAUACCCUUCGUUUAGAGUUGGAUGCAGGACGAGUCAAACUUACGGUCAACCUAGACUGUAUCAGGAUUAACUGUAAUUCCAGCAAAGGUCCAGAAACCCUCUUUGCUGGCUAUAACCUCAAUGAUAAUGAGUGGCACACAGUGCGUGUGGUUCGGCGAGGAAAAAGUUUAAAGUUAAUGGUGGAUGACCAGCAGGCCAUGACAGGUCAGAUGGCUGGUGAUCACACACGACUGGAAUUCCACAACAUAGAAACAGGAAUAAUAACAGAACGCCGCUACCUGUCUUCUGUGCCUUCUAAUUUCAUUGGGCAUCUACAAAGUCUUACAUUUAAUGGCAUGGCAUACAUUGACUUAUGUAAAAAUGGAGACAUCGAUUAUUGUGAGCUUAAUGCAAGAUUUGGGUUCAGGAACAUCAUAGCAGACCCUGUAACCUUUAAAACAAAAGCAAGUUAUGUUGCACUGGCCACACUGCAAGCAUACACAUCUAUGCACCUCUUUUUCCAGUUCAAAACAACCUCUCUGGAUGGAUUGAUACUUUAUAACAGUGGCGAUGGAAAUGAUUUCAUUGUGGUUGAAUUAGUAAAAGGGUAUUUGCACUAUGUGUUUGACUUGGGAAAUGGUGCAAACCUAAUCAAAGGAAGUUCUAAUAAACCUCUGAAUGACAACCAGUGGCAUAAUGUGAUGAUAUCAAGGGAUACCAAUAAUCUCCACACUGUAAAGAUUGACACUAAAAUCACAACACAAAGCACAGCAGGAGCCAGAAAUUUAGAUCUCAAAAGUGAUUUGUAUAUUGGAGGAGUGGCCAAAGAAACUUAUAAAUCCUUGCCAAAACUGGUGCAUGCAAAAGAGGGAUUCCAAGGCUGUCUUGCAUCUGUUGACUUGAAUGGACGACUUCCUGAUCUAAUCUCAGAUGCUCUUUUCUGCAAUGGGCAAAUAGAAAGAGGAUGUGAAGGCCCCAGCACAACAUGCCAAGAGGAUUCCUGUGCAAACCAGGGAGUGUGCUUACAGCAGUGGGAUGGAUUCAGUUGUGACUGUAGUAUGACCUCCUUUAGUGGACCAUUAUGCAAUGAUCCGGGAACAACAUAUAUAUUUAGCAAAGGUGGUGGACAGAUCACUUACACGUGGCCUCCUAAUGAUCGGCCAAGCACUCGUGCAGACAGACUGGCAAUAGGGUUUAGCACUGUGCAAAAGGAAGCUGUGCUGGUACGAGUGGACAGUUCGACUGGGCUGGGAGAUUAUUUAGAGCUGCAUAUCCACCAGGGAAAAAUUGGAGUUAAAUUUAAUGUCGGAACUGAUGACAUCUCUAUUGAAGAGAUCAACGCAAUCAUCAAUGAUGGAAAAUACCAUGUAGUACGUUUCACAAGAAGCGGUGGCAAUGCCACAUUACAGGUGGACAACUGGCCAGUUAUUGAACGUUACCCAGCAGGAAACAAUGAUAACGAGCGCCUGGCGAUUGCUAGACAGCGAAUUCCAUAUCGACUUGGUCGAGUAGUUGAUGAAUGGCUACUCGACAAAGGGCGUCAGCUCACAAUCUUCAAUAGCCAAGCAACCAUAAAAAUUGGAGGCAAGGAACGUGGCCACCCUUUCCAAGGCCAGCUCUCUGGUCUUUACUACAAUGGCUUGAAAGUUCUGAAUAUGGCAGCAGAAAAUGAUGCCAACAUCGUGAUAGAAGGAAAUGUGAGGCUUGUUGGUGAAGUGCCUUCCUCUAUGACAACUGAGUCCACAGCUACAGCGAUGCAAUCGGAGAUGUCCACGUCAGUCAUGGAAACAACCACCACUUUGGCCACAAGCACUGCUAGAAGAGGAAAGGCCCCGACAAAAGAACCUAUUGGUCAGACCACAGAUGACAUCCUGGUGGCCUCGGCUGAAUGUCCCAGUGAUGAUGAGGACAUCGAUCCCUGUGAGCCGAGCUCAGCAAAUCCUACCAGGGCAGGAGGAGGAAGGGAAUAUCCUGGCUCGUCCGAGGUGAUUCGUGAAUCCAGCAGCACAACAGGCAUGGUAGUUGGGAUCGUGGCAGCAGCAGCUCUGUGUAUCCUCAUCCUUCUGUAUGCUAUGUACAAGUACAGGAAUCGAGACGAAGGAUCCUAUCACGUAGAUGAGAGUCGAAACUACAUCAGUAACUCAGCACAAUCCAAUGGGGCUGUGAUCAAGGAAAAACAGCCCAACAGCGCUAAAAGUUCCAACAAAAACAAGAAAAAUAAGGAUAAGGAGUACUAUGUCUGAUCUCAACAUCUAAAAGAACGCUUGUAUAGAAAUAGUCUUCAUUUUAUCUGAGACAUAAUACAAACUUAUUUACUUUACUUUUUAUGAAGCACAUUCAAAAACAAACAAACAAAAAAAGACAGGGAAUGCAAUCAGAAAGGAAAGACUGUUUUUAAAAACAAGCAUUUCAUGCUCUUGUUUUUCAGAAACAGGAGCUGAUAAAUUCCCUAACAUCCACAGUGUUUUCAUUUACUCUGCCUGUCUUUAUGUUGCUGGAACAUUUCUGAAAGACAAUGAUGACACCACGCAUUCAUAAAGCAAGGAGUAUUACUACAACAUCAAGGCACAAUAUGAAAAAAAAACAAAUUAAAAAAACAAAACAGGAAAAAAAAAAAAAAAAAAAAGCUACCUAUGAUUCUGGAUUUAGCCAAAGUGCUAGCGCUUUCUUGAGAAGUAAGUUAGUCUUAUUGUCAGAGAAGACUGUCAUAUAUAUAUGGUGACUCAACGAGCAAACAUAAAGAGUUUGCCAUCUGGUGCAGUGAAGCAGUGAUUGGAAACUUGCAUUUGAAUCAAAGUGCUGGCUUUUCUGAAGACUUAUGUAGAAAUACUUUCAAAAAGCCCCUUUCUGGUUGUGAGGAAAAUAAUGUGGAGGCCUUAUUUUCAAAACAAAAAAAAUCUGGAAUAUAAGGCACAUUUCCAAAAAAAAAAAAAAAAAAAAAAAGAGAAAAAAAUAAACAAGAGGGCAUAGAUGCAAUCAUUGGGAAAUUCUCAUGCACGCUUAAUAUGUUAUUACAUAUGUUUAUAUAAAAACACAUCUAUAUGUGCUUUCUGGACUGUGAUAAGUGAUGUUUUAUAGCCUGUUGUAUAGAAAAUGCAAACUAUAUCUGCUCUUCAGCCAUUUUUGGUAAACUCAAUGUUAUAAGUGUUGCUAGGUAUAGAGAGUUUUAUGACAUCUGGAGCAACAGACACACUUCAGUUUUUUUGCAGCCAUUACAAAUUGUCCCAGACUUCUUCCCCUUUUAUUUUUUUUUUCUUUCUCUCUUUCUUUUUUUCUUUCUUUCUCUCUCCCUUUCUUCCUUUCCUUACUCUUUCUUUUUUUUCUUUCUCUCUUUCUUUCUUUUCCUUUUUUUGCUUUUUUUUUUUUUUUUUUUACUUUACAAUGCAGUGGUUAUAUUAGGGGGGAUGUGUAUGAAUGUAUAUAAGAGUCAGCUAAUUUUUUUCUUACCUGUACAGCCUCUAUUCUGUUAAGUUUUAGUAGUUUGAAAGAAGUGGGGUAGAAAGCAAAAAUAUAUCUCUAAUGUAAUUUGUCUUCUCCCUCCUAUCCCCAUCUCUUGCUCCUGAUAUGCAUCAAUGAAGUUGAUCAGAAUGGCCAAUUUUCCUAGAAAUAUACCUUCAUUAAUUAGCUAAAUAUUUAGUGACUUAAACUGGCCUUUGGCUUCCAGUCAGAGCUUCACUUUGGAGAGCAUGGUUUUCCUUAGAGAAACCUUGUUCUUAAGAAUUAUGAGAAUGAUGAGUUUCUUGAGAAUCUUAGGAAGAAUCAUAUAGCAUUUUUCUGGCAUUCAGUUAUAUAAACAACAGCUACUCUAAUUUUAAUUAUCCAGGCUGAUUCUACUGCAGAAUUUAGCCCUUUCUCCAAAAAGGAAAUAAUCUUGAGGUGCACGAUAGCAUUUUUCAAUGGUGGACAUUUUGACAUAUUGAAAAGUAUUUUUAGCUAAGUUUAUUGUGUAGCAUUGCAAGACAUCAUAAUCUGACAAAUAUAAGUUAAUCAUGUUUUAAAGUAACACAUAGCUUUUCUUACACAUAUAAAACAUUAAUGCAUUUUAGUUAAACAUAUUAAAUAGAAAGCUGUAAUUUACAUGUUAAUUUUUUUUCUUCUAGUAUUAUUUCAUUAGGUUCACAGCAAUAAAUCAUAGUCUAACAUUUUAUUUACACGGGAGUUCAAACGGAAUACAUUAGACAGAAAGAGGCAGAAAGAGGCUAGUUCAAUAGAAAUCAACCAAAUCAUUGGAAGGCCUCCUGAGAGGGAUAUAGAUGUUCACACUUUACAGGCAGGAGGGAGGAAUUUAAAAUUAGCUUUAAGCAGCAGGCACAAAACAUUUUGUUGUGUGUUCUUCACUGUAGCUGAUGAAGAAGGCUGGAAACUGGUACAGCUAUCUAUCUGGGAGUCAGAGCAUUUUAAAAAUACAUGUAGCUGACAUGAAAACACCUCUCUUGAAGGUUGCCAGCAACAAGGAGGUGUAUCAUGUUGCAUUUGUAAACCAUUUUAUUAUUCUCAUUUGCAUUUGCAGAAAAAUGAGAACAAGUUCACAAAAUCCAUCUGAUCUCUUUAGGCUGUGUUUCACCUGUGGCAUUCAUAGCAUCUCCCACCUUUCCAAGACAGCUGUACUCAGGGAAUGGCAGGGUCAGGUACACUGGAGGUCACUGCUGGAAGGAAGAGACUUCAGCUGGAGGGGGGGAAAGAAGUUGAAAGCGAGGUGGUGUUCAGAUUUCAGUACUUGAAGAUAUGCAGAACAAGAAUAAUCUGGUGACAGGAGACUGGGCUUGAUGGAAUAUGGUUUGGUCAAGCUGAAAUGGUCUUUUCUGCUUGAUAUUGAUCACGAUAAUGAAAGAGCAAGGUCAGGUCGGCUUACAGGCAGUUUGGUAGAUUAAUCUUUAACUAAAUCCAUACAUCAAGGAAAAAAUCUGCUACUACUAUAAUAAGCAAACACAAUUUUAACACUAUUUCUGAAGGUUCUCCUUUUUCCUCUUUAAUUUCAUAAUUUAGCAAAAAACAAAUAUGGAUGUAUCAGAAGUGCCAGCAAGUAGAUUUCAAAUUCCUUUUUGUUUAAAAACAGCAGCAACAACAACCAACCAAACAGACAUAAACCAACUACCUAACAUAAAAUUGGAUCCUUUCUCUAUAAUAACCUAAUUUGUUUGACUGAGAUGGCUUCAUUUCUAUGACUGUAUUGUGUUGCCUUUUUUAACAAAACACUAAAUAACGUGUGAAAUUUUCAACCCUAAGACAUUGAAGGGAGGCCCAAUGCCCCUAACCUUAUAGUGCUUUCUGUGAUAGAUAUUUACAAUUUUUUUAUUUGUUGCAAGGCCAAUUUAUUCAUUAUUGGAAAUGCUAAGCAAGUGGAAUUUACUGUUUUGUUAAUAAAAAUGUUUCUUAAUACAAA